CUAUAAGAAUCCAAUCUCCCCACGCACUUGUUUCUUCAAAUCUAGUCUCUUCUCUUCUCCUUUGACCACUGCUCUCUCUCUCUCUCUCUCUCUCUCUCUCUCUCUUCUUUCUUCUCUUUUCUCCGGCAAAAGGAGGGGGAAGCUCACUCUCGACGUUGACACUUCAAGAUCUCUCCCACCCUCUUCAAUGCAAACUCAAAGCUAGUUCAUAAUCCACCCAAAAUUGCUUUUUUCUUCUUCUUCUAAGGCAGCCCCUGUUUUUGGAGUCUCCCCUCCAAUGGCGGAACCAGUGGCAGAGCCCAAGGCAUUGCCCGACCCGGACAAGAAGAAGGAACAGAGCCUUCCCUUUUUCCACCUCUUCUCUUUUGCUGACAAAUUCGACUGCUUUCUCAUGAUCCUCGGCAGUCUCGGCGCCAUCGUCCACGGCUCUUCCAUGCCCGUUUUCUUCCUCCUUUUCGGCGAAAUGGUUAAUGGCUUCGGCAAAAACCAAUCCAAUUUCCACACAAUGACUGCCGAAGUCUCCAAGUAUGCUCUGUAUUUCGUGUACCUGGGUCUCAUUGUCUGCUUCUCAUCCUACGCCGAGAUUGCAUGCUGGAUGUACACAGGGGAGAGGCAAGUGAGCACCUUGAGAAAGAAGUAUUUAGAAGCUGUUCUUAAACAAGAUGUUGGAUUCUUCGACACUGAUGCCAGAACAGGGGAUGUCGUCUUCAGUGUCUCAACGGACACUCUGCUCGUUCAAGAUGCAAUCAGCGAAAAGGUGGGAAACUUCAUUCACUAUCUCUCGACAUUUCUGGCUGGAUUGGUGGUGGGUUUUGUGUCAGCUUGGAGACUAGCACUUCUGAGUAUAGCAGUAAUCCCUGGAAUCGCUUUUGCUGGGGGUUUAUAUGCUUAUACUCUCACUGGCCUCACUUCCAAGAGCCGAGAAUCCUAUGCCAAUGCUGGCAUAAUUGCUGAACAGGCGAUUGCUCAAGUUCGAACUGUUUACUCCUAUGUUGGAGAAAGCAAGGCCCUGAAUUCGUAUUCAGAUGCAAUUCAGAACACCUUGAAACUUGGGUACAAGGCAGGAAUGGCCAAGGGGUUGGGCCUAGGUUGUACCUAUGGCAUUGCUUGUAUGUCUUGGGCUCUUGUCUUCUGGUACGCCGGCGUUUUCAUCCGAAACGGCCAGACCGACGGCGGCAAGGCCUUCACUGCCAUAUUCUCCGCCAUCGUCGGUGGCAUGAGUUUGGGUCAGUCAUUUUCUAAUUUGGGAGCAUUCAGCAAAGGGAAAGCAGCAGGGUACAAAUUGAUGGAGAUAAUCAAGCAGAAGCCUUCAAUUAUUCAAGACCCAUUAGAGGGGAAGUGUUUGGGUGAAGUUAAUGGCAAUAUCGAGUUCAAAGAUGUCACCUUUAGCUACCCAUCAAGGCCAGACGUGGUCAUCUUCCGGGACUUCUCCAUUUUCUUCCCGGCCGGAAAAACCGUCGCAGUCGUCGGCGGUAGCGGUUCCGGGAAAAGCACUGUCGUUUCCCUAAUUGAAAGAUUCUACGAUCCCAAUCAAGGGCAGGUUCUACUGGACAAUGUGGACAUAAAAACUCUGCAAUUGAAAUGGCUGCGGGAUCAAAUUGGGUUAGUGAACCAGGAGCCGGCGCUAUUCGCAACCACCAUACUCGAAAACAUUCUCUACGGUAAACCGGACGCCACCAUGGCCGAGGUGGAAGCGGCAGCUGCUGCAGCCAACGCCCAUAGCUUCAUAACAUUGCUCCCCAAUGGCUACAACACCCAGGUCGGGGAAAGAGGACUACAACUCUCCGGUGGCCAAAAGCAGAGGAUUGCCAUAGCCAGAGCAAUGUUGAAAAACCCCAAAAUCCUUCUCCUCGAUGAAGCGACCAGCGCCCUGGAUGCCGGAUCCGAGAGCAUUGUUCAGGAAGCUUUAGAUCGUUUAAUGAUCGGAAGAACAACGGUGGUCGUAGCUCAUCGGUUGUCGACCAUAAGAAAUGUCGAUUCAAUUGCAGUUAUACAACAGGGGCAGGUCGUGGAAACUGGAACCCACGAAGAAUUAAUCGCCAAGUCCGGAGCUUAUUCUUCACUAAUUCGCUUCCAGGAAAUGGUCCGAAACAGAGAAUUCUCUAACCCAUCAACACGUCGAACACGAUCAUCACGGCUGAGCCAUUCGCUGUCAACGAAGUCAUUGAGCCUCCGGUCCGGAAGUCUCCGGAAUUUGAGCUACUCCUACAGCACUGGUGCCGAUGGCCGGAUCGAAAUGGUGUCGAACGCUGAAACUGACCGGAAAAAUCCUGCCCCGAGUGGCUACUUCCUCCGACUGCUUAAACUCAAUGGCCCCGAAUGGCCUUAUUCAAUCAUGGGCGCCAUUGGGUCUGUUCUUUCGGGAUUCAUCGGUCCGACAUUCGCCAUUGUGAUGAGUAACAUGAUCGAGGUUUUCUACUACAGAAACUCCUCCGCCAUGGAAAGGAAAAUUAAGGAGUUCGUGUUCAUCUACAUUGGAAUCGGGGUCUACGCGGUGGUGGCUUAUUUAGUUCAGCAUUACUUCUUUACCAUCAUGGGAGAGAACCUGACUACCAGAGUCAGAAGAAUGAUGCUCGCAGCUAUCUUGAGGAAUGAAGUGGGAUGGUUCGAUGAGGAGGAACACAACUCAAGUUUAGUAGCAGCAAAAUUGGCAACAGAUGCAGCGGAUGUGAAAUCAGCCAUAGCUGAAAGAAUAUCAGUGAUUCUGCAGAAUAUGACUUCGCUCUUCACUUCUUUCAUAGUUGCAUUCAUUGUGGAAUGGAGAGUCUCUCUUCUCAUUCUUGCAGCCUUCCCUCUGCUGGUUCUCGCCAACAUGGCUCAGCAACUUUCUCUGAAAGGAUUUGCUGGAGAUACGGCGAAGGCCCACGCGAAGACGAGCAUGAUUGCAGGGGAAGGAGUGAGCAACAUACGAACAGUGGCCGCAUUCAACGCCCAACACA